AAGGGAAAAUGUUAAGAACUAAAAUCAUCUUUUUCAGCUACCCGCCUGAAAAAAUUAUUGCUAUUUUUCUUUUUUUUUUUUUUUUUUGAGACAGAGUCUUGCUCUGUUGCCCACGCUGGAGUGCAGUGGUGCGAUCUUGGCUCACCACAACCUCGCCUCCCGGGUUCAAGCGAUUCUCUUGCCUCAGUCUCCCAAGUAGCUGGGAUUACAGGCGCACACCACCAUACCUGGCUAAUUUUUGUAUUUUAGUAGAGACGGGGUUUCACUAUUUGGACAGGAUGGUCUUGAACUUCUGACCUCAGGUGAUCCGCCUGCCUUGGCCUCCCAGAGUGCUGGGAUUACAGGCGUGAGCCAUGGCUCCCGGCCUGUUACUUUUCAAGGGCCAGAUUGAAUUUAUUUCUCUGAUGUUUCCUUUUUCCUUCUUUAACUAUUUGGUGUAGGAGAAAUUCUCCAGAACUAUCCCUGAGAGCUGGGGGAUCAGUGUCUCAGGAACACCUGUGUUUAUUACCUGUGUCCAUUCUCUGUGUCUUAAGUGGCCAUUUGAAGCCAUCUGCAUCCUUUUCAAUUAAAAGAUUAUCAGUAGGCUGGGUGCGGCGGCUCAUGCUUGUAAUCCCAGCACUUUGGGAGGCUGAGGCAGGCCGAUCACCUGAGGUCUGGAGUUCAAGACCAACCUGGUCAACAUGGUGAAACCCCGUCUUUACUAAAAAUACAAAAAUUAGCCAUGGUGGCAUGCGCCUGUAAGUCCAGCUACUUGGGAGGCUGAGGCACGAGAAUCGCUUGAACCCGGGAUGCAGGGGCUGCAGUGAGCGGGGAUGCACCACUGUUCUCCAGCUUGGGCGACAGCUGAGACUCUGUCUCAAAAAGUUAAAAAAAAAAAAAAAAUUAUUGCAACUCGUUACUCCUUGUGGAAGGAGGAGAGGUGUCUGAGAACAGAUCAAAUGAGGAACAGAUGAUGAAACCAGAGGGAGAUGGAGGUGGAAUAAAAGAAUAUUAUGUUAAUUAGUGUUAAGGGGUAUGAGAAAAGAGGAUACAUUUAGUAGAAGAAAGCAUAAACAAGAUUUCAGCUAUGGUUCAUUUGCUUUGCUGGAAGACAGUUUAGGAGUAUUUGUAAUAUUUUUAGUUUGUUUUUAAUCUAUAUAAAAGCAGAUGAAGAGGAGUGGGAAGUGAAAGAAUAAUGUUACUUGAAUAACACUUAUCUCUGGUUUCAGUGAUUUUCAUUACAACUUUACUAGUAUUUGUUUCAUUAGCUGAAUACUAUUGGAGAAGAACUCGGUUUUAGAUAAAUUCUGAAAUGGAAUUAAUACAUUCAUAUCACUUGCUUGCCUAAAAAAAAUUUUUAUUAUAGGGUUUAAGAUUAACAAGAUUUUAAAAUAAGUGAUUAGAUUUUAAAAUGUGUAAAGUUUGGUUUAUCAGAUAGCUUGAAAGGAUAGUUCUAUGGAUAUCAGUGUUUUUUUAUUUUGCUAUUUUAUUUGUGCUAUUUAUUUGCUCUGUUCAUCAUAGGGGCAAAGGAAAUGUUAGAUCAUCCUAAUAGUUGAUAAGCUAGUAAAGAUGAGGGUAGGGGAUAAUUUUAGAGUAAGGCCUGUGUGGCUUAGUGUGUUUCAGAAUAUCUGAAAGACGUUUCCAUGGGCUUGGGUGUCAGACAAAUUAGAAACCCAGCCGGGCAGAGUGGCUUGCGCCUGUAAUCCCAGCACUUUGGGAGGCCAUGGUGGGCGGAUCACGUGAGGUCAGGAGUUCGAGACCAGCCUGGCCAACAUGGUGAAACCCAGUCUCUACUAAAAAUACAAAAAAUUAGCCGGGUGUGGUGGCAUGUGCCUGCAAUCCCAGCUACUCGGGAGGCUGAGGCAGGGGAAUCGCUUGAACCCGGGAGGCGGAGGUUGCAGUGAGCCGAGAUUGCACCACUGCACUUCAGUCUGGGCAACGAGCAAAAUUCUGUCUAAGGAAAAAAAAAAAAAAACCCUUUAUUAUAUCUUCAUCCUGGAAAUCAUAAUGUGUAUAAGUUUAUUUUAAAGGGUUAGAGAAAUUAGACUGUCAAUCAGUUUAACUUGAUGUUUCUUUCUUUCUUUUUUUUUUGAGACGGAGUCUUGCUCUAAUACUGCCCAGGCUGUAAUGCAGUGGUGUGAUCUCGGCUCACUGCAACCUCUGCCUCCCGGGUUCAAGCAAUUCUCCUGCCUCACCCUCCCGAGUAGCUGGGAUUACAGGUGCCUGCCACCAUGCCCGGCUAAUUUUUGUAUUUUUAGUGGAGAUGGGAUUUUACCGUGUUGGCCAGGCUGGUCUCAAACUCCUGACUUCAAGUGAUCUGCCCCCUUCGGCCUCCCAAAGUGCUGGGAUUACAGGCAUGAGCCACUGCGCCCGGCCUAACUUGAUGUUUCUUAAACUUGUUUGAUGGCGUUUCAUCCUCCCCAUCACCCUUAUGGAACACCCUUUUUUAUUUUAUUUAUUUAUUUAUUUUUUUGAGAACGGAUUCUUACUCUAUCACCCAGGCUGGAGUUCAGUGGCGUGAUCUUGGCUCACUGCAACCUCUGCCUCCUGGGUUCAAGCAAUUCUGCCUCAGCCUCCUGAGUAGCUGGGACUACAGGCAUGUGCCACCAUACCCAGCUAAUUUUUGUAUUUUUAGUAGAGACGGGGUUUCACCACGUUGGCCAGGCUGGUCUCAAACUCCUGGCCUCAAAUGAUAUGCCUACCUUGGCCUCCCAAAGUGCUGGGAUUACAGGCGUGAGCCUCCAUGCCUGGCUGUUUGACCCAUUUAAAAAAUGGCUUGUGGUUUAUAAGACAAGUUGUCUGAGAAUCUGAAUGUAGGUACUUCUACCUCAUCAGCUAGAACAAAGAAAGUCCCAAUAAUCAUAAUUUGUUUUGUAGUUGGUAUCUCACCUUAUGAGGUGCCUUUUAAAAGAAAGGUUCUCAAUUUGUCACGUUUGCUGCCUAGGUAAUGUAGUGACUUAUUUUAUGCUGCAAAUGUAUGCUUGUUUAGGAUAUCUGAUACAGGCUGGCGUGAUUUCAUUCUUGCAGACUUACGACCAAAAUACUCUGUACUGAUUCUGAAAAUAUUUGUCUUUUUGGUGCAUUUAUAAGAACGUAAGUUGCCUGAUCUUAAGAGUUUUUUUCUGCUUGGGUAUGGUGGCUCAUGCCUGUAAUCCCAGCAGUUUGGGAGACCCAGGUGGGAGGAUUGCUUGAGGCCAGCAGUUUGAGACUAGCCUGGUAGCCUGGUCAACAUAGUGAGACCGUGGCUCUAUUUAAAAAAAAAAAAAAAAAAAAAGGUUUUUUCCGAACUUAUCCAUUUGUCUGUGGUACAAACCUAUCCUCUGAUAUUUCAAACCAAAAAACUUCUUUAUAACUUUCUCCUUAAACCCUCCACCUCCAAUCUGAUGACCUAUUCUCUAUUUCUGUGCUACUACCGCAGGGCAGAUGCUCCAUUUCAAUCUUAGAUUAUUACCCUAGUUUCUUAGCUGAGUUCCUUGACUGUCGGUUGUCUUUGGCAGUCCACCUUGGAAUACAGGUACAAUAUUGAUACUCCUAAAACACUGUUCAUGGAUAUGGAAGAAGUGACUGUUCUGCUUAGCUUUUAGAGUCUAUGUGACUUGGACUCAUAGUUUUUUUUGUUUGUUUCUUUUUUCCACUUUGCAUGCUUGCUUGUGCCAUUUCUCCUGAUACUCCUAUCUAACUAGAGAUUUAUUCUCACAUUAUUUUAGAUUACUCUCCCGUGUUUACUCUGAAAAUCUGUGGCACUCCUAUUUCAUAGUGUAAAAUUGUAGCAAUCUGAGACUACUACAGUUGCUAGCCUCUUCUUAUAACCAGUAAAGUAUACUAGAUGAUGUAUGAUGAACUUUCUAGCAUAGAAUUUGGCACAGAGUAGGCAUUUAGUUAACUACUGAAAUGUGUUAAAGGCCUUUGAAGGCAAGAUUUCUGUUACCCAGUGUAAUGCUAUAGUAGGCAUUUAGAUAUCUUACUUAGAUAACUUUUGUAAUAAGUUAAUAGAGUUGGUUCUUGGAAGAACGAAAUCCUAUUUUAACAGAUAUUUUAGGUCCUAACUUGUGUCGUAAUUAGAGAGGGUCUGUUAGGUGCUUGGGAUCUUGUUCUUGAACUGCACACAUACCAGCACAACUACUGUUAAAUUUCUUUUGCCCCUUUAGAACAAAAAAGGAUUUAACAGUUAUGUACUUUUAAUAACAUUGUAUUACCUUGUUGGUAACCUUCACAGCUUUUUUUUUUUUUGAGACAGAGUCUUGCUCUUGUCAUCCAGGCUGGAAUGCAGUGAUCCCAUCAUGGCUCACUGGAACCUUCGCCUCCCGGGUUCAAGUGAUUCUCGUGCCUCAGCCUCCCGAGUAGCUGGGAUUACAGGUCAACAUCAGAUUUGAAAUAUUUAAAGUGGAUACAAAACUAUUUCAGCAAUGCAGACAAUUAAGUGUGUUGUUGUGGGCGAUGGUGCCGUUGGUAAAACAUGUCUCCUGAUAUCCUACACAACGAACAAAUUUCCAUCGGAAUAUGUACCGACUGUUUUUGACAACUAUGCAGUCACAGUUAUGAUUGGUGGAGAACCAUAUACUCUUGGACUUUUUGAUACUGCAGGGCAAGAGGAUUAUGACAGAUUACGACCGCUGAGUUAUCCACAAACAGAUGUAUUUCUAGUCUGUUUUUCAGUGGUCUCUCCAUCUUCAUUUGAAAAUGUGAAAGAAAAGUGGGUGCCUGAGAUAACUCACCACUGUCCAAAGACUCCUUUCUUGCUUGUUGGGACUCAAAUUGAUCUCAGAGAUGACCCCUCUACUAUUGAGAAACUUGCCAAGAACAAACAGAAGCCUAUCACUCCAGAGACUGCUGAAAAGCUGGCCCGUGACCUGAAGGCUGUCAAGUAUGUGGAGUGUUCUGCACUUACACAGAAAGGCCUAAAGAAUGUAUUUGACGAAGCAAUAUUGGCUGCCCUGGAGCCUCCAGAACCGAAGAAGAGCCGCAGGUGUGUGCUGCUAUGAACAUCUCUCCAGAGCCCUUUCUGCACAGCUGGUGUCGGCAUCAUACUAAAAGCAAUGUUUAAAUCAAACUAAAGAUUAAAAAUUAAAAUUCGUUUUUGCAAUAAUGACAAAUGCCCUGCACCUACCCACAUGCACUCGUGUGAGACAAGGCCCAUAGGUAUGGCCCCCCUUCCCCCUCCCAGUACUAGUUAAUUUUGAGUAAUUGUCAGAAAAGUGAUUAGUACUAGUUUUUUUUGUUGUUUCAAAAAAAAAAAAAAUUUUUUUUUGUUAUUUUUGUUUUUGUUUUUUGUUGUUUAAAAGCAAGGCAUGCUUGUGGAUGACUCUGUAACAGACUAAUUGGAAUUGUUGAAGCUGCUCCCUGGUUCCACUCUGGAGAGUAAUCUGGGACAUCUUAGUGUUUUUUUUUUUUUUUCCCUCCUCUUUUUUUGGGGGGAGUGUGUGUGGGGUUUGUUUUUUAGUCUUGUUUUUUUAAUUAACCAGUGGAUAGCCCUUAAGGGGAGGAGGACGGAUUGAUUCCACAUUCCACUUCCUAGAUCUAGUUUAGAAAACAUGUUCCCCAUCUGGUGCUCUUAGGAAGGAGUAUAGUAAAUGCCUCAUUUAAUAACAUACUCCUUUUUGAAAGUUGCCUUUUCUCUCCACCCUUGAGUAGAUCCAGUAUUUGAUGAAACUCAUGAAAGUGGGUGGAGCCUGUCUUGCCCCUCCUCUUUUCUAGGACGCACUAUAUGUGACUGACUUUCAAGGACAUUUGUUUGCCAUUUGCUGAUUUUUUUGGGAAGUUAAUUUCUAACUUCUUUCACUGAUAAAUGAAGAAAAGUAUUGCACCUUUGAAAUGCACCAAAUGAAUUGAGUUUUUAAUUAAAAAAUUUUUUUUCCUUCUCAGUCAUUGUCUUAUAUGCUUAGCAUAGAUUUGCAGCUCAGUAGUAUAUGGUGUUCCUAGAAUGCAGCUGAAGACCUGGUAUGUAGAGGAAAUAUGAGGGGUGGUGCUAGAAGACAGACAUCUGUGGGAUGAUUCACAUCCUCUCAAGUUAGGAGGAUGGAGGCCUGCUUCAUUAAGAAGCUGGGGGUAGGGUGGGGGUGGGGAGAACACUUAACAACAUGGGGACCAGUCAGGGGAAUCCCCUUAUUUCUGUUUUGCAUAUGAGGAACCCUAGAGCAGCCAGGUGAGGCUCUCUAGUUUAAUAAAAAUCAUGGAAAGAGUCUUAUGCAGACUCUUCUUAAGUGUUAAUAGGGAUUUUAUCAGCUUAUUUUGGUUGCAGUUUCCAAUUUUUAAAAAUGUUGAGGUAAUCUCUCCCACCUUCCCAAUCCUAAUUCUUGUAGAUUCAUUAGUGUUGAACCAAUGCUUUCUCAUGUCUCAAUUCUUUGUAUAUGCAUUCUUUUCAGAUGUAUUAAACAAACAAAAACCCUUCACAA